GGAUCUCUGUGUGAUCGUUUUACUGCUCAAAAUGAGUCACAUUAAAUUACUAUUAGUGAAUUGCAACUGCCCCAGCAAUGUUUCUGUUCUUCUAACAAGAAUUACAUGUCCAAAAGAGAUUGAAAAUUGCCAUAAAGCAGCAGCUAAGAAAUCUUUAGAUGAGGAAAUUAUGAGGAGUAUUCGAGAGUCUGAGAGGGAGACUGAUCAGUGGAGCCAUACUUUGUCAUCUGAGAUGCAUGGAAGCCAACUCAGCAUGGCCACUAGGGAGGCAAUUGGAAUGGAGAAGGUGGUUGCUUGUCCAUACAAAAGGCCAAAUGCUCUCUGUAGGCUGAUUUGCUUUCCAUGGGCUGGAGGUGGAACUUCUCAACUUGCUCAAUGGGGCAAACUCUUCAGCAACUCAAUUGAAGUGUCCUCUGUAAGACUUCCUGGAAGAGAAUCUCGUCUUAAGGAGCCUUUUGCAAAAGACAUGAAAACUGUAGUUGAUGAAAUUACAAGCGUUCUGUUAAAAGAAUUGCAAGAAAAACCAUUUGCAUUUUUUGGUCACAGUUUUGGAUCUUAUAUUAGUUUUGCAGUUGCACUGCACUUGAAAGAAAAGUAUGGACUAGAGCCGAUCCAUCUUUUUGUAUCAGGGGCACAUGCCCCAAAUUCUGAAGCAUUUCUUCCCAUCAAAAGCAUACCCAUAUGUGAUGCAGAAGAUGAAGAUAUUCUUACAUAUAUACAAAUUUUAGGAGGAACUCCUUCUGAGCUUCUGCAAAAUGAAGACAUUAAGAAACAUCUGAUACGUACUUUCAGAGAAGACCUUAGAGUUCUUCAGACAUUUUCUUUUGACAAGGCAGAAAGGAGUAUCCCCUUCUCUUGUGAUAUUACCUGCUUUAAUGGGUCUGAAGAUAAACCACAUGAUUUAGAAGCCUGGCAUGAUCUAACAAGUGGAGAUAUUUCCUUUUACAAUCUUCCCGGAAGUCACUUUUAUCUGCUGGAACCCUCUAAUGAAAUUUUCUUGACAAAACACAUAACAAGAUGUAUAGAAAAUUCUGGUCUAUGA